AUUCUUGGAAUCGAGCAUAACGAUCAUAAAACGAAUUGUUUUCGUUACCCUAGGUUACUCAUCGGUAUAAAAACAAAAAAAUGAUAGGAAUUUAGAAAACUUCAAUUGCUAUGCAGUUAAUGUUUUGAAACGAGAAUGAACAGUCGAAAUUCCAGAGAUUCUCUGCUAGACUUUGCACGUUUGCUUAACGCAGUGGAAACUGUGUACGCAAAUAGUGCUUCCUGUCGACUACAAACUGCCAGACACUCGACCCAAACAUUCCGAUACAUUAUUGUUAUGGAUUUGGAAGCUACUUGCUGGACCAAAGAAACCCAGAAAUGGAAAACUCACGAAAUCAUCGAAUUUCCUGCUGUGCUACUAAAUCUAAGUAGUGGCCAAAUUGAAUCGGAAUUCCAACAGUAUGUUAUGCCGAUAGAGAACCCUCGGUUGAGUGAGUUCUGCACAGAGCUAACCGGAAUUCGACAGCAGCAGGUUGACGCCGGUGUGCCUCUUCCAACGUGCUUCAUUUUGUUCAACAAAUGGUUGAACAAAGUUCUAUUGGAACGUAAACUUUAUCUGCCAAAAACUGAACUUCGAGACAAGACUGGUAAUGUAGCUUUUGCCACGUGGACUGAUUGGGAUCUGGGAUCAUGUCUGAGCAAAGAAUGCACACGUAAACGAAUCCCCAAGCCGUCCUGUUUUGAUUUGUGGAUUGACGUUCGAACGAUAUAUAGGCAAUUGUAUCAACGACGACCGGCUAACUUCGGAGAAGCCCUGGAAAGCCUAGGGAUACGGUUCGAAGGGCGACCGCACAGUGGACUGCAUGAUGCGAGAAAUAUUGCCCGUUUGAUGACUCGGAUGUGCAAGGAUGGAGCGAAUUUUGUGAUAACCAAAGAUUUGAAACCAUUUGAUGUGUUGAAUAAAAAAUAAAAUUUGA